AUGAGAGCCUAUGCCAAGGUUGUGAAAGAUAAGAAAAUUGUGGAGAAAAUACUCAGAAUGUUAACCCCACAAUAUGACCAUAUAAUCGUGGCCAUAGAAGAGUGUAAAGAUCUUGGGAAUAUGAGAGUCGAAGAACUGCAGAACUCUUUGGAGGCACAUGAACAAAGACUGAUCGAAAGAAGAAAUGCAGAAAAAGAAGUGAGUCAAGGUUCGAAUCAAGCUUUACAGGCCAGAACUACAAAGAAAAACAAAGGUGAUGAAGCCAAUCUUGCACAAGAUACAGGUGACUCCGAUUCUGAUCACGUUUUAUUGAUGAGUACAAUUAGAGAUAGUGAAGACGAGUGGCACUGGAGAUCAAUUCAGAACAUGUUUGAGAAUAAGAAUCUAGAACUGAACAGGUGCAAGAAUAAUAAUCUUGCAUGGGACAGAAGUAGUGUGAGGUUUGUUGACAAUAAUGUGAUCCUGGUUGAAGGGGCUGACAAGAUUAUGAUCAAACGCAAGGAUGGUGGAUCUGCCUACAUGAACAACGUUUUGUACGUUCCAACUAUGAAAAGUAAUUGUUGGAGCUUGGGACAACUGUUGGAGAAAGGAUACCUGAUGGUAAUGCAUCAAAGGCAUAUAAAGGUGUUUGAUGAAAGAAGACAACUCGUGCUCAAGGCACCGCCGGCCAGGAACAAAACCUUCAAGGUGAACCUCAACGCCACAGUUGUUCAGUGUUUAUCUGUUGUUAAUACUGAAGAAGUGUGGUUAUGGCAAUACCGUUAUGGGUAUUUAAACUUCAGAAGUUUGAGUCAAUUCAGAGAUAAACAGUUGGUGAAAGGUGUUCCUGAGAUUCUUCCACCGAGGAAGAUUUGUGAAGGUUGUGUUGUUGGAAAGUAG